AUGAACCAACCGUCGUCAUCAAAUUCAAAGGAAGAACCGAACCUUCAAGAAUCCGAUGAGAUUAAGAAUGCACGAUUGACAAUACCGCCAUCACCACCGACUCGGCCAAGGAUUAUCCAUUUGGUUCCUCCGAAAAUCAUCCACGUCAGUCGCCAAGACUUCAAGGAACUCGUCAUUCGCCUCACUGGUCUACCUUCCGAUAGUCAACCAUCUGCUCGACCUGUUCACGCGUUGCCGGAAACGACUCUUGCUUCGAUUGAAACAACGACUUCACCUCAAUCUCCGCCACCUUCGUGUGUUUCCAAUAAAAGAAGGAGACCGCCUCCUUCCCCGUCGCCGUCACCGUCGCCUUCGCCGAUGGAGAUUGAAAGAUUUUCUCGGGGUAGUUACGAUAACAUGAUGCGAUCCUUAGAAGAAGGCGUACAGAUGGGUCAUUAUCCCGGAUCAUCAUUGCCGGAGCUGAUGACAUUAACGCCAUCGUCGGUGACAUUACCGCAAUUGCCACCGUUACCGAGGUAUAUUUAUUCAUUGGAGAAGCGACCACCGUUACCGGAAAACAUUUUUUGUCCUGUUCCAUUGCCGCCGUUACCGAGGUAUAUUUAUUCGUUGGAGAAGCAACCGCUAUUACCGGAAAAUAUGUUUUCUCCGGUGCCAUUACCGCAAGAUAUUUUUUCGCCGAUGUCAUCACGGCCAUUGGCGCCGGUAAUAGACCCGCAGACAGGGUUAUAUUAUUGGCCGAAGUUACCGUCGCAUUACAAUGAGUUUGGGUCAGUGAAUAGAAACUUUGUAAGUCCGUCGGGUUUUCUCUCCGGCGAUGAAGUUUAUCCGCAGCCAAAACCGGAUAUGUUCAAUCGUUUCGACUAG